ACAAUGAAAUUGUUUCCUCAGGCCAUGCAUUUUAUGUGGCAUUUGUGGGAUAGAAACUCUUUGUUUGUGACAUCUGGUAGAAUUGAGGGGAAGUAUCAGUCUAUCAGGAUAAGUACUUGCAUUUUGCUAAUGUAGUAGAGGCAUUUGUAAUUAUAUACAUUCGGUGUAUUUUGUUCUUAUGUGCAUGUAAAUAUAGCUUCUUAUUUUGUAUCUUCUUCACUGGUAUAUGAGCUGGCAUUGUUAUGUUACUGAAUGAGAAUCAUAUAAAUAGAUUUCUCCAUUCUACCUCUAAAUGUUCUUUUCCAUGUGUGUUGUUUCAUAAUAUUUGGAAUCUGCUUUGUCUUACAAAAAACUGGUAUUAAAAAAUGGGUGUACGUCUUAUGUUUUCCCUUGCAACUUCUGGUUCAUCUAAUUAUAAUUUUGUGAUUUUGUUCAUGUAAUCUAGUCUUUUGGUUUAUUGCUCAGAAUGCUAAGAUGCACUUCAUGGACACCUUUUUGUAUUUUUGAAAAGGAUGCUCUUCUUGGACACUGAUAAGCCAUGUCUCCUUAGUCUUUUAAAGAUUAUCAGAAGAAGUUAUUGAAAUGGAGCAUGAAUUAAUUGAUCUUCAAAAGCAUAUAUCUACCCAGGGGAUUCUUGUACAAGAUUUAAUGAGAGGUGUUUGCCGUGAAUUGGAAGAAUGGAAGAGUGGGGCAUUUGAGGCUAAGCAAGAUCUUCCCUCCUAUGAAAUUGAAGACUUCCCACCUAAUCAGAUGCAAGACCCCAAGACUGAAUUCUUUGACACCAUAGACGUUCUUUUAGCCGAGCAUAGAUCAGAAGAAGCCCUAGCUGCUCUAAAGUCAGAAGAGGAAAAAAGCCAAGAGUUGCUCGAGUCAAAGGAUAAUUCAGUUUCUUCAUAUAAGCUUGCUUUUCUGAAAAGGAAGGAAAUGCUUUCAGAACAGCUGGUUGAAAUUGCAGAGCAGCCCUCUUCUGGUGUUCUUGAACUGAAGAAAUCAUUACUUGGGCUAGUUAAGCUUGGAAAUGGUCCUUCUGCCCAUCAGUUAUUGUUGAAUGCAUAUGGAUCGCGCCUCCAGAAGAGCAUUAAUGGUUUUCUUCCAUUGUGUUCAAUAUACCCAGGAACGUACUCAGCCAGUCUAUCGCAGCUUAUAUUUUCAACAAUCUCAGUUGCAUCAAGGGAGUCUAAUUCUAUAUUUGGAGAUGCUCCCCCCUACGGCACGAAACUUAAGCAGUGGAUUGAGUGGGAAUUAGAGUCUAUGGUUCAGUUAGUGAGAGAAAAUGCACCUUCAUCAGAGACCCCAAUCGCCCUUCGUGCUGCCACUGUUUGUGUUCAGGCUAGUCUCAGUCACUGCUUGAUGUUGGAAUUCCUAGGGCUGUCUUUCUCUCAGUUGCUUUUAAUCCUUUUAUGUCCAUAUAUGGAAGAGGUCUUAGACAUGAAUUUCAAACGAGCUAUGAAUGUGGUUGUGGACUUUGCAGUGAACGAUGACAUGGUGCUCUCAUCACCUCAGUUCUCAUCUCCAUUUACACCAUCAAAUAUUAUGGUAACUAACAGUGGAAAAAAAUUUAUAUCAGUAAUUCAGGAAAUUGUUGAACAGUUAACACCAAAUGCCAUUCUUCAUUAUGGAGGAAAUAUUUUGUACAGGCUGGCUAAGUUGUUUGAUAGCUACAUAGAUGCACUGAUUAAAGUCCUUCCUGGUUCCUCUGAAGAUGAUAACCCUUCAGAGAACAAAGAUAACAUAAAUUUCAGGGCAGAAACAGAUGCUCAGCAGCUUGCUUUAUUGGGCACCGCCUUUACUGUUGCUGAGGAGCUUUUACCAAUGGCAGUUUCAGGUAUUUGCAGUCAAAAAAAUGAAGGUGAUGAGCCAGUGAGUAUGUCCUCUGAUAAUUCCAAUCUUCUACCGGGUAAUACUAUCGAAUUGAAAGAUUUGAGACGCCAUCUGAAGCCAUCGCUUGAUAAGCUUAGAGACCAUUAUUGUCGGCAUUAUGUGUUGAGUUUCAUUUAUUCAAGUGAUGGAAAACCGAGAUUAGAUGCUCGACUAUAUUUGAAUGGGAAAGCUGAAGAUUUGUUUUGGGAUUCAGAUCCACUGCCUUCUUUACCUUUCCAAGCAUUAUUUACGAAAUUGCAGGAGUUGGCAAGUGUUGCUGCAGACGUGCUGAUUGGGAAAGAAAAAAUUCAGAAAAUUUUGCUUGCAAGGCUAACUGAGACUGUGGUCAUUUGGUUAUCUAAUGAACAAGAUUUCUGGGAAGUGUUUGAGGAUGAAUCUGUGCAUCUGCAACCAUUUGGAUUACAACAAUUAAUUUUCGACAUGCACUUUAUUGUUGAAAUAGCGGUGUGUGGGGGUUACCCUUCUCGACAAGUGCGCCAAAUUGCACUCGAAAUAAUCUCACGUGCUAUUGGGACCUUUGCGACUAGAGGCAUAGAUCCUCACAGUGCCCUACCUGAAGAUGAGUGGUUUGUCGACAUGGCAAAGGCAGCAAUAAAUCGAUUUUUAUUGGGAACUCCCGAGUCAUCAGAAGUUGAUGAACACAAUGAAAUUCCAAUUGAAGAGUCUGAUUUGUCAGAAAUCGAUGAAGACCAUGUUGCUGAGACUGACAGGAAAUUAGAGUUAUCGGAUGGGCAUAUAAAUUUAGAGUUUGAAGGCUCUGAUUUUGAUGAAGAGGUUAAUAGCUCAUGCAGUAUAGAGUCAGGGGAGUCAUUUGCCUCAGCUCGCAUGGAUGACAGUGCGAGCCCAUCUUCCUUAACCGACCCCGAAACCUGAUGAAACAUAUCACUCAGAGGUGAAACCCUCUCUCUAACCAGGACAAGACCUCAUUUAUCCAUCCAAAAUUACCUCUGUUAUUUACAGAUGAGACCUCUUCUCUCACCAUCAAAAAAUGUUUGGCUACGAGUAAGAAAAAGUGCCAUAUGCAGAUCCAUGCAUGGAUGCUCCAUGUUUGUGAUUCGUGAUUGAAUGGGAAUCGCAUUUUUGUUAAGGAUGUGUCCAUCCAUGUUAGGACAAGUACUGUACAAUAGUUGAUCGUUUGAGAUUAAUCCGGUUGUUGUUAUGUAACAUGUAAAUUAUUCUAGCAAUAUGGUUCAAGGGCGCUUGUAGUGAGACUAAUGGAGGUGACAAAAGAUGUCAUUGCUCAGUA